AUGGACCAGACAAUCUCAAAUGCCUACCCUGGUCCUGCUCUGGAGGCUGAAAAUGCGUUCCGCUUGCUAGAACUGCAGGCCGGUCAGAAUAACGACCCUGUUACGAUCCGAAUACUUGCUUGCUCCUUCGGCAGCGUAUCAUACGAAGCCGUCUCUUAUACCUGGGGCGAUGCAGAUCAGAAAAAUGAGAUCAAAGUACUCUCACACAGUGCCAACGAAACUUGUGCCACCAUGUUCGUCACAACAAACUGUCACAACGCUUUGAUGGCCCUACGGAAAACUCACGAGCCUCGAGUCUUGUGGAUCGAUUCAAUAUGUAUCAACCAACACUCAAUGCCUGAGCGCAACCAUCAAAUUAGCCUCAUGGCCCAGAUAUAUCAAGGAGCCCGUCGUGUCGUGGUAUAUCUUGGACAAAGCGCCCAUGGCAGUGACGAAGCCAUGCACUCGAUAUGCGAAAUCGAUCAGCCCUCUGAUUACGGCGCUUAUCCGUCUUGGGAUACGAUGCCAAAACCUCCCUCAAACAUCGAAUCUAUUCGCGCACUCUUCAAGCGACCUUGGUUUUAUCGGGUAUGGGUGUUGCAGGAGAUCGCUUUCGCCAAAGAUGCCGUUUUUGUCUGCGGCCAGUACGAAGUAGGCUGGGAUAGCAUUCGUACUUUCUGCCACUGGACCCGGAACAAUCGCUGGAUGAAGGGAGCUGCUCUUCCGUAUCCUAUUGAAUACACUGUCAAAAAAUCUCGUAGCAGAACCGACUUCAUUCACUACAAUCAUCGUCUGUAUGAGCUUCUCAGGAACACAAAAGACUGUCAGGCAACAGAUGCGAGGGAUAAGGUGUACGCGAUGCUCCCCUUGCUAAAGUGGGAACAUGAGAAUAUGAUCAGAGAGCUUGAAGCGAAUCAGAAUCAAGCUGAAGACAAGAGGGUGGGUGGGCUAGACGCUGACAGACUGCAUCAAGCAUCAUUCAUCCAAGCAGACUAUACGAUGUCUGUUCAACAGGUGUAUACAAAUCUCGCAAUCAUCCUACUUGAGCACUUUGGACUUCAAGCGCUACAAAUCGGCCUAGCUCCGCGUCGUGUGGAGAAACUCCCAUCUUGGGUUAUAGAUUGGGAAGCUAUCACAAAGUCACCGUACCAGUUCCAGCAGCCAUUGACUCCGUUCAAGCCUCAAGAUUCGUCGAAUGUCGAAAAUUCGUCCAUAUGGAGCGUUUCUCGUUUUUUCCUAGUCGACAAAGAGCCAAAGGAGCAGCUACGAGUCAGAGCCUUGAAAAUCGGCACUAUCACCUUCACUGGGGAUGUUUGUGAUAUCCGUCAAAACAUCUUCCCCCUGAAACAAUGGGCGAGGCUUGGCUCCGGCCCAAAAUGGUGGCAUCAAAUGCCGACUAUGCCUCCAGAUCUCACUGACCGCCAACCGAGUUUUUGGCGGCAGCACUGUGAGCUCUCUCCAUUUGCGGUGACCUUGGCAGCAGGUUACAUUGUGUAUGCAGACGUCGUCCGCAGAGCUCUUAAAACUAUGGCUACCUUUGAUGAAAGCAAUAAUGCUGCUGAAACAAAAGACAACCAUAGGCGCUAUGAGGAUUACCCUAAAAAGUUACCUCCUAGCUAUUGUAUACAAGCGCAAGGGAUAUUUAAUGCUUGCGAUGGACGGAGAUUUUUUAUCACUGAUACAGGGCAUAUCGGCUUGGCUCCUGCAACGGCUACUACGGGGGAUUUGACGUUCAAAGUCAAUGGCUGUGAUGCUCCCUUUGUCAUGAGACCUUGGACGGAUGCCGAGGCUGAAACCCAUCCUGUUGAGAGUGUUGGAUACAUGGUAUAUCACGUGGGGAAAGAGAAGACUUCUAUGACAAGGUAA